AUUGGGUCAAUAUUGGCAGACAUAUCAGACAUCAUGAAUUCACCAUCUCUGUCAGUCAUAGAUAAUUUAAAGAAUAUUCCACAACACUACCAAAAAUUAAAGAGAGACUAUAAUUCCUUUCAGAAUAACCUAAAAGGCAUAAAAAACUUUACAUUAGUAGACAUUAUUUCCAAUUCAACUGAGGUUCUGAAGCUCUUUAAGAAUCUGUCCAUACCUCUGUCAGUAUCAGAUGCAAUACUAAACAGCACUGUCAGUGGAAGUGAGAUAAGUAAACUACUUCACGCAAGCCGAGCUGGUAGUGUUCAAUCUACUUUUAAUAAAAACACUGGAAUCCUACCAUUACUUGCAUCUUUGCUAAUGAUGCAAAGUAUGUUUAAAUCGCCAAGUCACAGCUUAAACUCCACUGUUCAGAACGACAGAUUCAACCUCAGUCAAAAAAAUUGUAAUUCAAACGAUUUGACAAAAGAAUUUUUGCUGUCAGAUCCCAGUAAGGAAAGUGUACUUUACUCGCUGUGCAACCUUUCGCCAAAUCAAGCUUCGCAAAUUCGGAAAGUUCUAGUCUCCCACCUCAACACCAACAAACUGAUGGUUCAGCUGAACGUAACUCGACACGAUUUGAACAAUUUCAACGAAACUUUCCGUCGCCUCAGCCUUGACAUCCAAAAUUUGUCAACAUUCGUGGAGCUGGUCGAAAAAGGACGGCACAUGGCGUCGAUAUUACAGCUGAAUAUGAGUUUUGCAGAAGGAAUGCAAAAUAAAUCAGAUAAAGAACGCAAUAGGGCAUAUAUACAGGGAAUGUGGAAAAACCUGGGACCAAUCCUGUGUGGCUCUGGGCCUGAAGAACAACCUGACAAAGUGGUUGAACAUAUGUUUGACUUCCGCUGUCUGACCAAGUCAUGCAAGACCAGAGCUUUAAGAUUGAUGUUUUACCUGCUAACUCACAAUCCCAAAAUCCUUUACGCACCCAACAAUACUGCUGCCGAUGAUGUCAUCAUAGAGGCAAAUCGUACCUUCUCAGACAUUGAAGCUUUGCAGAAUAUUGUCAAAGAAUGGCUGAACCAAUCAGCACAAUUACGAAGUGUUCUCCUUAAUAACAACACUCAAUAUUACCUGCACAAGCUGGCAGACGCUGUUAAAGAUUACCCUGAUAUCUUCUUUGAAGAAAAAUCGAAUAUCUCUAACCGAGAUCCCUCGAGUUCAUCCAGUUACUAUCGAGACAUUCAUGAACUGCUCACAGGUAAACAGGGUGUCGCCAGUCCCAUUGUUGAGCAGUUGGACAGGAUUGACGCUGUCGUCAAAAUAUGGUUAAGGCAAACAUCAAAUCUGCGACUCAAUAUUUUUGUUGGAUUCACGGAUGAGGAAUCUUUGGUCRGCUAUGCCUUUAACAAUACUGGCGCACGGUCACAAGACUCUAAGGUAGUAGCAGGGAUUGUGUUUACAAACAUAAAAGCCAAUCAAAGUCUACCUCCACACGUGAACUAUAAGAUACGUAUGAACGCCACGUACUUCACGCCACCAACUGAUAGUAUCCGGGAUAACUAUUGGAGACCUGGGCCACAGUCUUGGGGACAGAGUUACUAUGAUCUUGGAUUCGUUUGGCUGCAGGAUCAAAUAGAACGUGCUAUUGUAAACCUUCAUUCAGGCCGUGAAGUCAUUAAACCAGCUGUAUAUUUACACGAGAUGCCAUACCCUUGUUAUGCUAAAGACAGGUUCAUGUUCGUCAUUCAGCACAUGAUGCCAUUGUGCAUGACAGUAUCUUGGAUUUACACUGUAGCAAUUGUGGUUCGUUCUAUUGUGUACGAAAAAGAACAACGACUAAAAGAAGUCAUGAAGAUGAUGGGACUGAGCAAUGUGGUUCACUGGGUGGCGUGGUUCAUCACAAGCAUGUCAGUCAUGUCUGUUACUGUAUUACUGCUAACUAUUAUAUUAAAGUAUGGCAAGGUUCUGGCCUACAGUGAUCCGUUGAUUAUUUGGCUGUCUCUAAUGCUCUUCGCCAUCGUCACCAUCGUCUUCUGUUUCUUAAUCAGUGCGUUUUUCUCCAAAGCAAAGUUAGCUGCAGCCUGUGGUGGUAUCAUCUACUUCUUAACCUACAUGCCUUAUGUCUUCAUAUCCAUUAGGGAAGGAGCUGGUCACGUGUCCAUCAACAUCCCCGAGAAAAUGGCCGCCAGUCUGUUGUCUACAUCUGCAUUUGGUCUUGGUGCUCGUUAUUUCGCAUUGUAUGAAGAACAGGGUGAAGGGGUUCAGUGGUCAAACAUUGGACAAAGCCCGGUAAAGGGAGACGAGUUCACUCUGUUGAAGGUGUUAUAUUUUUUAGUGUUCGACACGUUUCUUUACGUUAUCUUGGUUUGGUACAUCGAGGCUGUUCACCCCGGGUCUUAUGGCCUGCCACGCCCUUGGUAUUUCCCCUUUCAGUUGACCUACUGGUUUGGUCACAAUACCAAAGCGUGUUCACAAUUUAGUCGAAAGAACUACAGUAGGAUGACAAAUGAUGAACUAGAGGAAGCACCACGAACACCUGGACUGUUAGCUUACGAGAACGAACCCAUCCACCUCCCCCUGGGGGUGACUAUUGACCAUCUUGAAAAGRUCUAUAAAUCAGGAAUCAAAGCGGUUGAUGGCUUGGCUCUUAACCUUUACGAGGGCCAGAUCACAUCCUUCUUGGGACACAACGGUGCUGGCAAGACCACCACAAUGUCGAUUUUAACUGGUCUUUUUCCACCAACCAAAGGCACUGCAUUUAUCUAUGGUUAUGAUAUUCGUUUCGACAUGGAUAUUAUACGCCGCAAUCUUGGCAUGUGUCCACAGCACAAUGUACUGUUUGAUAGGUUAACCGUAGAUGAGCACUUGUGGUUCUAUGCUCGCAUGAAGGGUUUGUCAACGACUAAAGUCAAGAAAGAGAUGGACAAGCUUGUGCAAGAUGUAGGCUUACCUAACAAACGGCAUUGUGCCGUUGAAACUCUGAGCGGUGGUAUGAAGCGUAAACUGUCUGUUGCCAUGGCAUUCGUGGGUGGUUCUCGUACAGUGAUCUUAGAUGAGCCUACAGCAGGUGUUGAUCCGUAUGCGAGGAGAGCGAUAUGGGAUUUGCUUAUUAGAUACAAGAAAGGUCGUACUAUACUUUUAUCAACACACUUCAUGGAGGAAGCUGAUAUUCUGGGUGAUAGAAUUGCAAUUAUUUCAAAUGGGAAACUUCGAUGUGUCGGCUCACCGUUGUUCUUAAAGAGUCGCUUCGGUGAAGGCUACAGUCUUACACUAGUCAGAAAACAGGACCGUUCUCCUAGAGGAUCUUCUAGCGAUCUUACUACCACAGAAACACGCUCUUCUUCGAGUUCAUUGUCAGGUGGAAGAUCCAGGACAACUGUGCUGUCUCCUGGACCUGAGAAUCAAGAGGAAAAGCUCACCAGUCUCAUCACGUCACACAUCCCAGCAGCUCAGAUAAAGAACAUAACUCAACGAGAAUUCACCUACAUUCUACCUGAUAACUCGGUUGAAAAAGGGGCAUUUGAAAAACUGUUCACAGACCUUGAAUCGAAUAUUGAAGCCCUUGGGAUAGACAGUUAUGGCAUUAUGGACACAUCACUGGAAGAAGUUUUCCUAAAAGUAACUGAUGUAACAACAACAGAGAAAGAUAAUAUCGCAACAAGCCAAGAGUCUUUUACCUCACUUGCGGCCCAGAACUUUUCUUCCAUGGAAAGAGAGGAUUGCCUGGAGCUGAAUGACUAUUCAAGAAACGAUGAUAGAGAAAAUCUUUUAACGGUCUCGAAUUCUGAAGAAGACGUAAACCGUAGCAGACCAACUAAUGUUGAAAAAACUGGGGCUAGUGGUGUUGGAAGCCACACACUGACAAGGUCAGCCCUAAAGUGGCAGCAGUUCUAUGCUCUGAUCCUCAAACGUUUCCACCAUGCUCGUCGUAAUUUUAAAGGCGUGAUUUCACAGAUUCUUUUGCCAGCUUUGUUUAUAAGCAUUGCUAUGACUAUGGCUCUAUCUCUACCUCCGCUCCCCGAUCUACCACCUCUGCAGUUAUCCCCAUCAAUGUUUCCACGUCGAAAUUUCAUUCCGUUUGGAAAUGAAGCCAAAGGGAUGAAUCUGUUGGCCAAACGGAUGGAACAAACACUGACUCUACCUUCAGGAGUUGGUGCAACAUGCUGUUUACAGUCAUCCAAAUUAUCACUAGUAAACCACACUCAACUAACUAAAGACCAGUUAGCAAACCUGUUUGACGAGUCCUGCCGAGAAGCUAUAGAUGAUGUGUCUAGUGUUUAUCUUAAGCCAACAAACGAAAAGUUCUCUUACAUUUACUACUCCAAUAGCUCAAUGAAUUUAUCAGAGUCUGUAACACACCAAGAAACUGGUCCUGGUUGCAAAUGUUCAGCCAAUGGUACAUGGUAUUUGUGCAGUAAAGGUGCUGCUGGGAAACGUCCAGAUGAAUUGAUUACGAUAACUCUUGAUACUUUGCAAAAUAUUACUGGGAGAAACAUGUCUAAAUAUCUUCUGUAUACCACUCAGGCAUUUAGAAGACAUAGGUAUGGUGGACUGUCUUUUGGUAAUGUUGUGAAGUUCAUCCCUGAGAAGUUUGAAAAAGUACCUGUUGCAUCUAUUAGAAGGCUGGCAGUAAGAGAAGCAGUCAAGUCUUGGUAUAAUAACAAGGGAUACCAUGCACUUCCGACAUAUCUGAACGUUAUGAACAAUGCCAUCUUGAGAGCUUCACUUGAUAAAAAUAAAGGAAAUCCGUCAAUAUACGGAAUAAGCGUGUACAACCAUCCAUUCCCAUUCAAUAGUACUUCGAAUAUUCAUCUUUCUGCAGACUACCUACGACAAGGAACAGAUUUGGUCAUCGCUAUUUUUGUCAUCAUCGCCAUGUCCUUCGUGCCUGCAAGCUUUGUUGUGUUCUUAGUGACGGAAAGGUCUUCCAAAGCUAAACAUCUUCAGUUUGUUAGUGGAGUCGAUCCUGCUAUUUACUGGCUAGCAAAUUAUCUCUGGGAUAUGUGUAACUACUUGAUUCCCGCAGCAGCUUGUAUUACCCUGCUUUAUCUGUUCAGUGUUCCAGCUUAUGCUUCGCCAACGAACUACCCUGCUGUUGUCAGUCUCUUUAUGUUGUAUGGUUGGUCUAUAACACCAAUGAUGUAUCCAAGUGCCUUCUGUUUCAAUGAAGCCAGUUCAGCUUAUGUGGCGAUGAUAGUGCUUAAUUUGUUUGUUGGCAUCACGGCUACUGUAACUACCUUUAUCUUACAACUGUUUCCUGAUGAUGAGGUAUUGACUGACAUCAACAGUAUUCUUAAGGAUGUCAGUCUAGGAUUUCCGAACUAUUGUCUUGGGCGUGGGCUAAUGGACUUAGCUUAUAAUCAGUACAUGACAGAAUAUUACACCCAAAUCGGAGAAAAUGAAAAGAUUCGCUCGCCGUUUGAGUGGAUGAUUGUCAGCCGGAACCUUUUCUGCAUGUUUUUUGAAGGAAUCAUAUUUUUUAUCCUCACUAUUCUCAUGGAAUACAGGUUCUUUUUAAAACCAAGGAGAAUACCUGUAUCAAAGAUUCCGAUCCAAGCUGAAGACGAAGAUGUUGCAGAUGAACGUUGUCGAGUUUUAGGUGGUGAUGCUUCCAACGACUUGGUUCGAAUAGAAAAUUUAACCAAAGUAUAUUACUCUCGUAAACGAGGGAAGCAUUUAGCAGUGGAUCGUCUUUGCUUGGGAAUCCCUCAAGGAGAGUGUUUUGGUCUUCUUGGGGUCAAUGGUGCAGGCAAGACGAGUACGUUCAAAAUGCUGACUGGUGACACAUCGAUGACAGCAGGCGAUGCUGUACUUAACUCCUAUAGAAUUUCGACCGACAUCCCGAAGGUGUACCGUUGUAUAGGCUACUGCCCACAGUUUGAUGCUCUUAUCGAUGAGAUGACAGCGGAGGAGCAAAUUUAUUUAUACGCAAGACUCAGAGGUGUCCCUGAGAAUGAACUCAAACAGGUAACUGCAUGGGCAGUGAAGAAAUUGGGUUUGUCAUCUUAUGCUAAAUACCCGUGUAAAUCGUACAGCGGUGGCAACAAAAGAAAACUGUCAACAGCGAUAGCACUUAUUGGCAACCCACCUGUUAUAUUUCUGGAUGAGCCUACCACAGGGAUGGAUCCACGUGCCAGGCGUUUCCUAUGGAACCUCAUUCUUAACGUUGUAAAAGAUGGUAGAUCUGUAGUGCUAACUUCUCACAGUAUGGAGGAGUGCGAAGCGCUGUGUUCACGUCUAGCUAUCAUGGUUAAUGGACAAUUUAAAUGCCUUGGAAGUUGCCAACACUUGAAGAACAGAUUUGGCGAAGGAUACAUCGUUACGGUCCGCAUCCAAGGAGAUAUACCUGAUUUGCAGCCAGUUGUUAAAUAUUUCAAUGAGAAGCUUCCGUUUGCCACUCUUAAGGAACGUCAUCAUAACAUGAUGCAAUACCAGAUUCCAUCGGGUGUUAUGAGCCUGGCCAAGAUAUUUGGUAGCAUAGAGUCCUCCCAGGACCAACUGCAUAUUGAAGAUUAUUCAGUUAGUCAGACGACUUUGGACAAUGUUUUUAUCAACUUUGCACGACAACAAAAAGACGAGACUGAUUUUGAUGAAACUUCGUUGUUGCCAUCAAGUCAGUGUCGUGGGAUUGGCCAGUUACCUUCUCUGAUGACCAAUGAGAUUAGGUUCAGUAUGUUGCAAGAGGAUAGUGAUGAUGAAGACGAAAGCUGUCAGGUUACUUUUGAUGGGCUGCCUCGCCUUGUGUUUAAUGACCAACCAGUGGAUGCGUAGAAAAAGACUAUUUUACAAAAUAGUUGCGUCGGACGGAUGCAAUAAUCCUACCGCACCAGGAUUUGAUCAUUGAUUUAAACAGCUUUGGUAUAUCUGUUUGAUCCAUCUAGAGAAGAAUAUGUGCUUAUAAUAAAUUUAAUUUAAGUAAAACAAGAAUUAAAGCAAGGGCAGGGAAUAGUGAAGGGAAGGAAGAAAUCGAUAUGAAGAACCGCCUUGACAUUCUAGUAUUUUUAAGCAUUGUCAAAAAUUAUUUAUUUUGUAGUGAACGCAAUUUAAUAAAAGAAGUUAAGGGAAACUAUAAA